AUGAAAGAAAGUGUGUUUGGUUGGUCAACCCUACGUCACAAACACCACCCAUCACCUCCACCAUCUACCACCACCUGCGUCAUAACCCGCCACCACCACCACCGUCCUCCGCCGCCACCGUCGCCCACCGCCACCGCCAUCGACUACCAUCAUUGCCACCCGCUAUCGCAAACCACCGCCACCCUAACCACUACCGUCACCCUCCGCCGACCACCACCACCAUCCUCCGCUACCACCACCCGCUACCGUCGACCACCACCACCCAUCGUCGUCGCCGCUACCACCAUCGACCACCAUCGCCGCCACCCGCAACCACGGACAACCACCACCCCGACCACUACCACCACCCUCCGCCGACCACCACCACCAUCCUCCGCGGCCACCACUCGCUACCGUCAACCACCACCACCACCUACCAUCAUCGCCACUACCAUCGCCGCCACCUGCCACCACAGACCACCGCCAACCCCGACCAUCGCCGCCGCCACCGCUAACAACCGUCACCCACCGACCACCGCCACCCACCACUGCUACCACCGACCACCGCCACCCAUCGCUGCCACCGCCACUAGCCGCCACCGAUCACCGCCACCACCCAUCACCGAUUUAAUUCAUUCCUCAUUUCGUACCUACCAAACAACACAAUGUAAUGAUUUAUUCCUUUCUUGCAUGGUAACCAAACAAGACUAUGGAAUGUGA